AUGGACAAACCAGCGAAGUUUCUAACUUUCAUCUCAAUACAAGUUGGUCCAAUUGAGAAACCCACUGAGGAAGUAGUGAGAUUUUCAAAGAGAAGUUUUGAACAUGCGCUUAGGGCAUACCUUGACUAUAUUGAUGAAACAUGCGACAAGGCUCACAUUCGAAUCAAGGCGACAAAAUGUCGAGCUUGCCUAGCCUAUUCCACAAAGACUCGCUCUCGAGCAUUUAGGAUAUCGGGCCUUGUGCUGAGAUGCGUCCAACCAAACCAAAUCCAUAACAAGCUCUCAACCUAA